AAACAGAGAGUGAAGUGAGAGAAGAAGAAGACUAAGAGAAAAUGCCGCCGAAGUUGGACCCGUCACAGAUCGUGGACGUGUACGUCCGAGUCACCGGAGGUGAGGUGGGAGCAGCGUCAUCACUCGCUCCAAAGAUCGGUCCACUGGGUCUGGCGCCGAAGAAGAUCGGAGAAGACAUCGCGAAAGAGACAGCUAAAGAGUGGAAAGGUCUUCGAGUGACAGUGAAGCUGACAGUCCAGAAUCGUCAAGCUAAGGUGACAGUGGUCCCUUCGGCGGCGGCGUUGGUCAUCAAGGCGCUAAAGGAGCCAGAGAGAGACCGGAAGAAAGUGAAGAACAUCAAACAUAACGGCAACAUUUCGUUUGAUGAUGUGAUUGAGAUUGCAAAGAUCAUGCGUCCAAGAUCCAUAGCUAAGGAAUUGAGUGGAACAGUGAAGGAGAUUUUGGGAACUUGUGUAUCUGUUGGUUGUACGGUUGAUGGUAGAGACCCUAAGGAUCUUCAGGAAGAGAUUAACAGUGGAGACAUUGACGUUCCUAACGAGUGAUUCAAGGUUUUUGUAUCGUCUUUGAUUUUUGUGUUUUUUUUUUUCGAGGGAUUUUGCGUUUUAGUAUACUAUUUUGAGAUUCUGAAAAGACGAUUUGUGGUUUCGCACAUUUGAAAAAUCCUUUCUUGGGAUAAAUUAAAAUGUUUCAUUUCUAUAAUCUAUCAGUUUGGUUUUUGAGUAUUCAAA